AACAAUUCUCACUGCACAACACCACUACCACCACCGUCAACAUGGCUAUCAAGUACCUCUUCCUGCUCUCUCGCCAGGGCAAGGUCCGCCUCGCCAAGUGGUUCGUUACUCUGUCGCCUAAGGACAAGGCCAAGAUCGUCAAAGACGUCUCGCAGCUCGUCCUGGCCCGCCGCACGCGCAUGUGCAACUUCCUCGAGUACAAGGACAACAAGGUCGUCUACCGUCGCUAUGCCUCGCUCUUCUUCAUUGCCGGUUGCGACUCCGAGGACAACGAGCUCAUCACCCUUGAGAUCAUCCAUCGCUACGUCGAGCAGAUGGACAAGUACUACGGCAACGUGUGCGAGCUCGACAUCAUAUUCAACUUCCAGAAGGCGUACUUCAUUCUCGACGAGCUCCUGAUUGCGGGCGAGAUGCAGGAAAGCAGCAAGAAGAACGUGUUACGUUGCAUUGGCCAACAGGACAGUCUUGAGGACAUGGAGGUCGAGGACGACGGCGUCACCCGAAUCGGAUAAAGCUUCCGUCGGUCGUUUGUCUCUACCUUAGCAUGAUACCCGACGCAGUGGAUUGUUGACUCUUUGGAUUUCUGCGCAAAGACAUGUGGACACGUCUCACUAACGGUUGAACGUGGCACGGCGCAGGAAGCACUGGAGCUCGAGAGCAAGAUCCGCCAGACCGGCAUUCUCGGUUGAUGCACAGCAGGCGUGGGCGCACAGAAGCAUCAAUGGGAGUUUAGGAGUUGGUCGGCGGGGAAGGCAUCGGAUACCCCAGCACGUGUAUUGUAUCUCCAACGCCCUUUGCCGCAGGCAAGGAUGAGCUGGCGUUCGGAACUAGUACUCAAUGAAGCUACGGAUAGCUGCGUUGCCUGGGCCCUUCGGGCUGAUGUGGUUGAAUCC